CCCCACUUCCAGGUUUUCUCCCGGCCCGGCCCAGCUUGCUCCCGCCUGUCUCCGGCCCCCCCGACGCCCGCCCCCUCCCCCCUCCCCCAGUGCCGCCCGCUUGGCCAAGUUUGCGAGCGUCGCCGCGCACGCCGGCCAGUCAAUCAGCGGCAGAGCUGAGAAGGGCACAGCCGCGCGGCGGAGGGCAGAGGCAGCCGAGCUGAAUCCAGCCGAACGAGCGGACCAGUGCAGGGCAGUCGGAGCAGCGCGCAGCGAGCGCCCGCCGCUGCCCACACCCUCCGCGGUCCCCGCGGCGCCUGCUACCUUCCCCUCCUUCCCUGCGUCUCCGCCUAGCCGGCCGGCCAGCUUACCGGGUUCGCUUCCCCGCGGAACCCCUAGGUCACCGGCCCGCGCCUCUGCUCCACUGGGCCGCGCGCCGCCUCCACGCCCUCCUUCUCCUCCUUCUCCUCUGGCCAGGCGCCUGGCACCGGGGACCGUUGCCUGACGCGAGGCCCAGCUUCACUUUUCGCUCCGCGUCUCCUCCGCCUGCUUGCCUCCUCCACAACUCCAACUCCUUCGCCCUCUAGCUCCACUCACUAGUCCCUGACUCCGCCAGCCUUUGGCCCGCUGCCGUAGCGACGUUUCCCGUCCCGUCCCAAAGGUGGGAGUGCGUCCACCCCGGUCCGCACCAUGGCACGGUUCGGCUUGCCCGCGCUUCUCUGCACCCUGGCGGUGCUCAGCGCCGCGCUACUGGCUGCGGAGCUCAAGUCGAAAAGUUGCUCGGAAGUGCGACGUCUUUACGUGUCCAAAGGCUUCAACAAGAACGAUGCCCCCCUGCACGAGAUCAACGGUGAUCAUUUGAAGAUCUGUCCCCAGGGUUCUACCUGCUGCUCUGAAGAGAUGGAGGAGAAGUACAGCCUGCAAAGUAAAGAGGAUUUCAAAAGUGUGGUCAGUGAACAGUGCGAUCAUUUGCAAGCUGUCUUUGCUUCACGUUACAAGAAGUUUGAUGAAUUCUUCAAAGAACUACUUGAAAAUGCAGAGAAAUCCCUGAAUGAUAUGUUUGUGAAGACAUAUGGCCAUUUAUACAUGCAAAAUUCUGAGCUAUUUAAAGAUCUCUUCGUAGAGUUGAAGCGUUACUACGUGGUGGGAAAUGUGAACCUGGAAGAAAUGUUGAAUGACUUCUGGGCUCGCCUCCUGGAGCGGAUGUUCCGCCUGGUGAACUCCCAGUACCACUUUACAGAUGAGUAUCUAGAAUGUGUGAGCAAGUAUACGGAGCAGCUGAAGCCCUUUGGAGAUGUCCCUCGCAAAUUAAAGCUUCAGGUUACUCGUGCCUUUGUAGCAGCCCGUACUUUUGCUCAAGGCUUAGCGGUUGCUGGAGAUGUUGUGAGCAAGGUCUCCGUGGUAAACCCCACAGCCCAGUGUACCCACGCUCUGUUGAAGAUGAUCUACUGCUCCCACUGCCAGGGUCUCGUGACAGUGAAGCCAUGUUACAACUACUGCUCAAACAUCAUGAGAGGCUGUUUGGCCAACCAAGGGGAUCUCGAUUUUGAAUGGAACAAUUUCAUAGAUGCUAUGCUGAUGGUGGCAGAGAGGCUAGAGGGUCCUUUCAACAUUGAAUCAGUUAUGGAUCCCAUCGAUGUGAAGAUUUCUGAUGCUAUUAUGAACAUGCAGGAUAAUAGUGUUCAAGUGUCUCAGAAGGUUUUCCAGGGAUGUGGACCCCCCAAGCCCCUCCCAGCUGGACGAGUUUCUCGUUCCAUCUCUGAAGGUGCCUUCAGUGCUCGCUUCAGACCACAUCACCCCGAGGAACGCCCAACCACAGCAGCUGGCACUAGUUUGGACCGACUGGUUACUGAUGUCAAGGAGAAACUGAAACAGGCCAAGAAAUUCUGGUCCUCCCUUCCGAGCAACGUUUGCAAUGAUGAAAGGAUGGCUGCAGGAAACAGCAAUGAGGAUGACUGCUGGAACGGGAAAGGCAAAAGCAGGUACCUGUUUGCAGUGACAGGAAAUGGAUUAGCCAACCAGGGCAACAACCCAGAGGUCCAGGUUGAUACCAGCAAACCAGACAUACUGAUCCUUCGUCAAAUCAUGGCUCUUCGGGUGAUGACCAGCAAGAUGAAGAAUGCAUACAAUGGGAAUGACGUGGACUUCUUUGAUAUCAGUGAUGAAAGUAGUGGAGAAGGAAGCGGAAGUGGCUGUGAGUAUCAGCAGUGCCCUUCGGAGUUUGACUACAACGCCACUGACCACUCUGGGAAGAGUGCCAAUGAGAAAGCCGACAGUGCUGGUGUCCGUCCCGGGACACAGGCCUACCUCCUCACUGUCUUCUGCAUCUUGUUUCUAGUUAUGCAGAGAGAGUGGAGAUAAUUCUCAAACCCUGAGAAAAAGUGUUCACCGUCAAAAAGUUAAAAGGCACCAGUUACCACUUUUCUACCAUCCUAGUGACUUUGCUUUUUAAAUGAAUGGACAACAAUGUACAGUUUUUACUAUGUGGCCACUGGUUUAAGAAAUGCUGACUUUGUUUUUCCAUUCAGUUUUGGGAGGAAAAGCGACUGUACAUUGAGUUGGUUCUUGCUCCCUCAAACCAUGUUAAACGUGGCUAACAGUGUAGGUACAGAACUAUAGUUAGUUGUGCAUUUGUGAUUUUAUCACUCUAUUGUUUGUUUGUUUGUUUCUCAUUUCCUUUUGUUUU